UUUUUCUGCGACAUAGCAGACGUUGGUCGCGUCGCACGCGGCAGCCUGUUAGGUCUUUUCAAAGUUGGUUUUCUCUCGAGACAGUUUCUGAUAUGACAUCCAAACGAGCGCAGGGAGAUUGCAGAACCACCGGCAAGAGGAAGAGGCCGAAGAGCUGCGUGGAAACACCGGAGUUGGGUGUGGACGUGGGGGACGAGCAGCUGAAGAGAGCCGUGAAGGAGGCAUGGAGCCGCGGGACUCACUACAGCCAGGGGGUUUUAGAGCUCAACUGCUAUCCUUUCCCUCACUGCACCAUCAAGAACUUCAUCAGGAGUGAAACCUUUGUUGAAAAUCUGCAGGGAGAGUUGCUGAAGCUCAACUUCAACGAGAAGUCAAACGACCUGUACAAAUUCAAACAGUCUGAUGAUCUGAGGAGGAGAAAAGAGCCACAUAUCGCAGGACUCAGGGCGGCUCUGUUUGAGCGUUUCCGCUCCUGGCUCGAGGAAGUGUUGGGGGUCGAGCUGGAGCCCACAGUGGAUAUUUCUUGUGCCAAAUAUGAACAAACGGAUGUCCUUUUGUGUCACGACGAUGAACUGGAGGGGAGACGUGUUGCUUUCAUUUUGUAUCUUGUGCCUCCGUGGCGGAGCAGCGACGGGGGAACCCUCGAUCUUUACGCGACGGACGGUAGUUUCCAGCCACAGACUGUAGUGAAAUCUCUUGUACCUUCUUGGAACACGCUCGUCCUCUUCGAAGUUUCUCCAGUUUCGUUUCAUCAAGUUUCUGAAGUUUUAUCGCAGGACAAGUGUCGUCUGUCUCUGAGCGGCUGGUUUCACGGACAGUCUUUGGAACGACCUCCUCGUCACGUAGAACCGUCCGUCCCGAGGAGUCCACACAUACCCAGAGAUGAGACAAUUUUGCUUGAGUGGAUCAACCCCUCGUACUUGGACAUGUCCUAUCAGGAGCAGAUCCAGGAGGAGUUUGAAGAAAGCUCUGAAAUUCAGCUCAAGGAUUUUCUCAAGGAGGAGAAGUUCAGGGAGGUGAGUGAAGCUCUGCGACUGGCCCAGAUCCAGUGGACGAAGAGAGGUCCAUCCAAUAAGAGAUGUUAUGAGGCGGCCUCUCUGGAUUCUCUGCCCGAGUGUGUGAGUUCCUGUUGGGAGCUGCUUCACUCUGAGGCGUUUUUCCUUCUCCUCUCCAACUUCACCGGCCUUCGACUGCACUACCUGUGUCCUGCUGAUGAUGAGGAGAAAGGAAAGGAGGACGAAGAAGAAAAAGUGGCAGGCUCUUCAACCAAAGCCUCAGCAUCAUCAUCAACAGCAGCAGCAAAUGCAAGCAGAGAUAAAGAGCUGAGCACACCGGUGUGUUGUGGGGAAGUGCGUCGCUGGACGCAUGGCAGCUACACUCUGCUGCAUGACGGUGAAGCAGCGCAGGCAGAAUAUGCCCUGGACCUGAUUUUACCUUUUGGCUGCUCAGGCUGGAGGUCGGAGUUUGGAGGCUUCACGUGUUAUGUUGCUAAUGAAGAGGAUGAAGAGCUUCUGACCGUGCAUCCAGAAGACAACUCUCUCGCCCUCGUCUACAGAGACAAAGAAACGCUGAAAUUUGUGAAACACGUCAAUCACAAAAGUUCCUCUGUGGGCAGUUCUACAAGCAAAGGGUUUUAUGAUUUUUCUUUUGUCUACUAUGAAUAAAUUCACGUCAUUAAUUAUAUAUUUUGUGUGUGUUAAGGUAUUUA